AUGGCCAAAGCAGCAACAGAAUAUUCAGAUUAUGAUAUCUCUGACGAUUCUCUGUUGAAGGGUAGAAUUAAUAGAAGUAAGAUUGAUAAGCCUCUGAUAUGCUUUUGUGUAUUAAACUUUUUCCUUAAUGCUGCUGUCUCAGUGAUAGCACCAUUCUACCCUCCUUUAGCUAAGGAAAAAGCACAUGUCUCGGUAUCUACAAUUGGAUAUAUAUUUGGGUUGAAUCCAAUAGGAGCAUUUUUUUUUUCUUUGGUUAUGGGUAAGAAAAUGUCUCAUUGGGGAAGAAGAAGAUGUAUGCUACUAGGCUUAGUUAUUCAAUCAGCAGUGGUGGUUGCAUUUGGCUUGUUAGAUUUCAUGACAUUUAACAAAGAGCUGUUCGUCACUGUCUCUUGUGUAACUAGAUUUUUACAAGGAGCAAGUCGAGCAGCUUAUAGUAGUAUAUCAUUUGCUUACAUCCCAAUAUUAUGGCCAGAUUCUAUUUAAAAAAAGAUAUCUAUUUUGGAGACCUUAACAGGUUUAGGCUUGAUGAGUGGUCCUUUUAUUGGAGCAGCCUUGGAUGCAUUAUUUGGAUAUUAGAUGAUAUUUUAUGUAUUGGGAGGCAUAUUUUUCGUGGCUUUAAUACCAACAGCUAUAUUCUUACCUGAGGAUGAUCAUUCAAUAAAUAAGAAACCAUAGCUAAAUUCGAAAAGAGUAAUUAGAAAUCGAUAAAUAUGGAGUUUGGGUUUAUUAUUGACAAUGAUGUCAGCAGGUACUACAUUCAUAAAUCCUAUCUUUUCAAUUCAUAUGAAAUGUUAUAAUAUGGAAGAGGAUGUGGCUAGUUUGUUAUUAGGAUGGCUGACCAUCUCAUAUAUCAUAUGUAUUAACAUAGUUCCAAAAUUAUUACAAUGCAUAGACAAAAAAGUAGUAUUAACCUUUGGGUUAUUUUGCUCUUGCAUAGGUGAUUUGAUUAUUGCCCCCUUAGGGAUCUUCCCUAAUAAAUGGUUUAUGACUAUGAUAGGACUACCACUUAUUGGUGUUGCGAAUGCUUUUUGCGUAUUGCCAGCCAUUCCUCAAUUUAUAGAUUAUCUAAAUCAACUUUUCAACAGCGAUCCUUCAUUGAGAUUACCAAUUUCUGAUUUGUCCAGCGGCUUAUUUAUUUCCUUUUACUCUCUCGGAACAUUUGUAGGACCUGUUAUAGGAGGAAUCGUAUAUGAUGCAUUUUUAGUGAAUUAAUCAAAUGAAGCCCAAUUGGAUAGUUUCUAAAAAUCCUCAUAUACAAUGGCAGGUCUAUAAGCAAUUGUGUCAAUUCUAUUUAUAUUUGGAGGAGAUGUUUAUGCUUAAAAAUACAAAAGAAUAAGACAAGGUGAAAAUAUGGGGAUAUCACUUGAAGAGGAAGAUGAAUAUGAAGGAUCAAACAAGAUUGGAGUUCAAAUGUUUAGUUCUACUUAGCCAAAUGUCUCUCAUGAUGAAUCUAGUUGA